AUGACGGAGGUGGAACCACGCCCUUUGGCAGUCCUCUUGAACGAGGGAGAGCUCGUCGAAUUCGUUGCUGUCGUCAUAUCAUCAACCGCCGCACUCGACGUCUCCCGCACUGCCUUCGAGCUCGCCGUAGGAAGAUUCCACGUCCCGGAGGUGUUGUCGUUCCCUACGCCCGCGCAACCCACAUCCAUCCAUUACCUAUUCUUUCUCAUAUACCUAAGAAUCGACGGGAAAAACGUACAAUUCAUCACCACAAUUGAAUACCUCACCCAGUCUCCCGUGUUCGCUCUAGUCGUCUCAAACGGCACGACUCUCAGCGCCCGCCCUAUCGUUCCGCCCAGCGAGACGCCAAUCCGUUUCCCGAACGGUCCGGGGUCUGAGGCGAUGUUCCACAUAAGGCCCUAA